GCCCGCCCGGCCCGGCGCCGCUCUUGCCGCCGCGCGCGGGCGCCGCCCCGGGCUCCGGGCUGCGCGGCCGGUUUGCCGCGCGGGGCCUGGCGGUGCCUCCGCUGCAGCUGGGCGAGCUGCGCCCCGCCCCUGCAGGCGUGGCCGGCAUGGGCAGUUUCGACUUUUCCGAGCUCUACCAGCUGAGCGACGACCGUUUGGGCUCUGGCUCCAUCGGGACGGUCCGCAAGGCGGUUCGCCGCUCGGACUCACUGGUGGUGGCUCUCAAGGACGUCAGGUGCCCGCCCGGCGCAGAGGACGCCAGGGAGAUGACGAGGCGCGAGUACGAGUUCAUGGCGGCGCUGUCGCACCCGUCCAUAGUGCGCGCCUUCGCGCUCCACGAGGCCGCCGCCAACGUCGUCGUGUGCAUGGAGUACGUCGACGGCGGCAGCCUGGAUGCCCACGUCGAGAGCCGCGGUGUGCUCUCGCCGGCGGGGGCCACGACGGGAGCGCUGCAGCUUCUGCAGGGUCUGGACUACUUGCACAGCUGCCGGGUGGCGCACAGGGACGUCAAGCCAGCCAACAUCCUGCUGGGCGCCCACGCCACGAGCUUCAAGCUAGCAGACUUCAACAGCGCCAAGCAGAUCGGCCAGCACGGCGGGCUGAGCAGCGCAAUGCUCACCGAUCGCGGCACGGCGAGCUACAGCGCCCCGGAGAUCCAUGCCGGCCACAUGUGGAACGAGCGCGUGGACGUGUGGUCUGCUGGGCUCAGCAUGCAUUUCAUGCGCUCCGGGCGGCUGCCCUUCGACCUGGGCAGCCCCCGGGUGCGCGACGCCCUCCGGCGCGCGCAGGCGCCGGCCGUGGACCUCUCCCCGCUCGGGGAGCUGAUGGGCAGCCUCGUGCAGCAGUGCCUGGAGGCCAGCCCCCAGGACCGGCCGCCGGCGGUGGAGCUCCUGGCGCAUCCGCUGUUCCGCGGCGGCUCCCGGGGGGCGCCGGAGGCGAGCGGCGGCGCCGGACUCUUCUCGUGGCCCGCCGGUCGUCUGGCGGCCGGCAGCCCAAGGGCCUACACGGACGACCUGCUCCCUGGGUGCGGCCUGGUGCGGAAGCUGCUCGCUGGCGGGCGUCGGGACUGCGGCGGCGGCAGGGCAGAGGGCCUGGCGCUGCGGCGGCCCCACAGGCGGCUUCACACCGCGCAUCUGGGCGAUCAGAGCACGCUGCUGUGGCGCCGCCUCGCAGAGAGGCGGUUCUCUCGGAAGGCGGGGAAGUUGACGGCGAUGGUCAGCCGCUGCCGGUCUGAUGGUGAAGUGUUGUCGUUGAUCAGGCCGGCGGAAGUGAGCAGUGAUGAAGUCGAAGCCAGUGAUCAAUCAGACGGCAGUGAGUAGUAGUAGUAGUAUGUUUUGGUUAUGGCGUUGGAAUAGAGCGUGUUUUGUUCGGUCCUGCUUCGAAGGGCCGCCACGUUUUUUUUUGUCCGCGGCGCGUUGUAGGCGGCAGCCAGCUGGCCACGAGAAGCGAUGGCGUAACUCUAACGCACGCGCAAACGCGCAUCCUUUCUCACGCAAGUGUGCUGGUUACCAUCUAUCCGCGUGAGCCUUUUUAAAAGUUAGCCCGUGCGAAAAGCAAUUGCCUUUUGGCAUUGUCAGUAGCUGGUCUCAGCUAGGUGCGAGUAGCACACUGUGCUUGUGAGGCCUAUGAGGUCGUUACUACAGUGCUUUGUGUUUUUUGCUCGUCCACGCCUACUGAUUUAGUUGUCUAAGUCCUCAUUUAGUUGUUUUUGCAUGUUGCAGCUUAGCGUCUAAGAACUCUGGAAUGGCGAACGUCCCAGUCGCUGGCACUGAACAGCGCACCCUUAGCUCCAUCAUGACUUUCAUGUUGUUGUUUCCUACGCCUGAUCCGCUCUAUGACACAGCAGCACGUUGUGCAGUGCAUGUGUCACGCGUGGUUGCAGUGCUGGAGAUCUCCGGGGGAACGAGUAUGAGUGGCGCGCCAGCGCUGGGAGCCAGUCAGCGUGUCACUUCUCCGUUUAUGUUCGGACACGUGGUGCUUCUUCAGCACGGGGGGACACGCUGAUGGGUUUCCAACGGUCGUAGGACAGGAAUCCCAGCGCAGGCGACCGGAGCGCGUUCGCACGUCGUGAUUCUUCCGAUCGCACGCCGCCUCCCGUCGGGACAGCCCUGCCUUCUGGAGCGCGAGCAGGCCUCGUUUGAGAUGGCAUCGCUUACGUGCUGUCUAUGAUCGGGGGCCCACAAACGGCGUGGUGACCACGCCGUGUGAUGAGUCAGUGAGGAUUCGGGGUGACAGCACGGUUUUGAGACUGGGUUCGUCCUCCGAAAGCGUCUCGGGCGAUUGGGGCAUGCGAGGUCCCAGAACCGUCCCUCGACGGACCGUGCGGUGAGGUCUUUCGGGGCUCCGAGGCCACCGCACGGAAUGUCACCGCACCGUGUGGGGACUCCUCAGGGUUCUUUUGUUCGCACGCCGCCUCCGUCAGGACAGCCCUGCACGAUGGAACUCGAGCAGGCCCUGUCUGAGACGGCGGCGCUUGUAUGCUGCGAGCCUCCUCUGCAUCUCCUGCGAGGUCCGAUUCAGCAUCGGCGCGGGCGAAUGAACAUAUAACGAAAAUUUGGGAAUAUUUUACGUGUGUGUAUUUAUUUGUGUGUCCUAGGGCCCCUUCAUUGGUCUUGGCUGGUCCGGCCCAGGCCCCUUGUUUCCCUGGCCUCGGCCAGCCGUGCCAGGCGUCGUGGCGCGCGGGCGAGGCCAAACGACGGAGCGCGCACGUGCUGGAGUUUGCGCUGUGCAUCUGCGGCGGGGGUGCAGGCCAGCUAAGGCAGAGUUCAGCUUGCAGCUGGCUAUCUGGGUGGGAGCGGGAGAGGGCGG